AUGUCACUACCGAAAAACCCUUCCUUUCACUCCCAAGCAAGGCGCAAAUCUGAGUCCGCGGCUGUCCCAAUCCACAAUCGCAAAGUCAAGCACAACAUAACGAUGAAUCAUGUAGCUCAUAGUUCAUUCGCUCCACCAGUUCCACCGAAAGAUGAGCCGCCCAGGAUCGCUUCCGCUGCGACGCCGGUGAAAGAAGAAGCUAAGAAGUCUUUGGACAUUUUGGAGAAAGAGUGGAUGCUGAACGACUACCUUGGAUUGACCCCGACGCCGAUAUCCGACGGUGGGUUGGCGCAGGAGUAUUUACCGAGCAACAUCGAAAUAGACGGGAGACGCAGAAGCCGGAACAUGAUAAUCGAUGACUCGGCAGAACUUAUCGACAUACCGUAUUCCAGCGAAGGAACAUUGCUAGCUACACAGAUUGGUGCAGAAACCAAGGCUACAAAGCGGGAUACUAUCGCUGUGCUGAUGGAUGAUAUAAUUGGAAGCGAGAAAAAGGUAUCACGAAGACAUCAAGAUGUGUUGGAAGCAGCUGCGAUGCUUGGAGACAUGCCAACGUCCUUACGUAUACCUAGAAAGCCGCAAAUUUCCCCUCUAUACAGUAGCAUUCCUCCAACUUUGAAGUCUAACAAACUACAUCUCAAUAAAUGUCCUUCCUUGAAGAUCACAACGACUUUCACAGAGCCCAGAUCUGCGCCAAUACACCCCAACUUUCGUCUCGGUAAUGCACAGAAUGAAAGGCAUUUACACAAUGAUAAAUAUGCAGCAGUACACACAUGCAUCACGGACUGUAGAAGACGACUUUCUGGUGGCGCAAAAGCGGCUCAGCUGCGGAGUAGCAUGCCGUACUCAUUUCGGCAAAGCAGACCGAAACGUGAGACCACCACUCAACCCUUGAGUAAUAGGACACUACUGCCUCAGAUAGAGCAGCGGUACGCCGGCAUCUUUCCAGGGCACAACAAUGUUCAUGCAUCAGGGAAUGUUCAAGAAACAUCGCUUCAGUCAUCUCAGCGCAGAAAUACACAACCUUUCAUCGUCGACCGUAUGCGCGACCCUGAUGAGACCUUUCACGAGUUACUAGCCAUUCAAAAACGUACGACUGUCGACUUUAGAGAAGUCAUAGCUGCGGCUAAGACACCAAAACUGGAGAAUGGAAAACUUGGAAGCUUCGCAAGAUGCAAUUGUACAGGUCUAAAAUCGAUGGCGAAAAGCCAUGCGGAUAGUAUGAUAGAACAUUUUAAAGAUUUUAGAUUGAAGAACAGGAAGAUGAUACGGCGUGAGGAAAGGAUUGAGGAGGUGAGGAGGAGGUAUGAGGAAAUGGUCACUGCUAAUGCGGGUGCAAGGAGAGGUGACGGACUAUGA